GUAACACUUAUCUCCCGGUAAUUUACAUAAUGAUCAGUUCAGAUUUUGUUAUCAACAUUAAACCAUGAACUUUGCGGGAAAAGUUGUGCUUAUCACUGGAGCAAGUUCUGGGAUAGGAGCAGCUACAGCAAUAAAAUUUGCAAAAUUAGGCGCCUUACUCGCUCUAAAUGGACGCAAUGCCGAGAAUUUGAAAGCUGUAGCAAGCCAAUGUUCCUGCGUUGGUAAGGAACCUAUUUUAGUUUUGGGCGACAUUUCCAAAGAAGCUGAUACAGAAAGGGUUUGGCAUGAGACGUUACAAAAAUACAAAAAGUUGAAUGUAUUAGUUAACAAUGCAGGUAUAAUUGAGACCGGUAGUAUUGAAAACACCAACCUAGAACAAUAUGAUCGUGUGAUGAACACCAAUUUACGAGCUAUAUACCACCUAACAAUGUUAGCCGUACCUGAACUGAUUAAAAGCAAAGGCAAUAUUGUAAAUGUUUCCAGCGUAAAUGGAAUACGUUCAUUUCCGGGUGUGCUAGCUUACAAUAUUUCGAAGAUGGGAGUAGAUCAAUUUACAAGGUGUGUUGCUUUGGAAUUGGCCGCCAAGGGUGUGCGUGUGAAUUGUGUUAAUCCUGGUGUUACCGUUACUAAUUUACACAAGCGCGGCGGUAUGGAUGAAGAAACAUAUAAAAAGUUUUUAGAACAUUCGCAAACAACACAUGCUCUAGGUCGGCCUGGCACAGCAGAUGAAGUGGCAAAUGCAAUCUCUUUUUUGGCUAGUGAUUUGGCCACUUUCACGACUGGUGUAAGCUUGGCUGUAGAUGGCGGUCGACAUGCUAUGUGCCCUCGAUAAUGGAGUAAUGUAACAGAAAAUUGCAUUUAUUUUUCUGGUUUUUAUAAUAAAUUGUAUUUUCUUGUUAAAAAAGUUUUGUACUUUCCUUGAUACCGCAAAUAAAAAGUAUACAUACAUCUACAUAAAUAAAUUAUUUAUCAGCAAAUACAAUGUUAGCUGAACCAACAGUGAAGAAUAUAAA